AAGAGAACAAAAUGCACAACCAUAUGGUGGCUCUUGGAAGGCCAUUGAUGACUAAUGUGUAUGCUCAUUUCGAGAAUUACGGGUUCCUUGCAACAUUUGUGGAGCAAGUUGGCUAAAGGUGAUAUCUCUCGAUGUACCAUACGACCCAAAAAAGUACUGGAGACUCUAAACAUGGGGGGAAAAUCGAUGCUUAAAAUGCUUAGAAUGAAACUUAUUUCUCAAGAGCCAAGCAAAUAUAGACUGUAUGUGGUCUUGCUGAAGAGGAAGAUGUUGAGGAUCACAGUAGGCAAACUAUUCACCAGCUGACAGUUGAAGCCAGAUUUCUUCACCAUAUGCUCUCCUACAACAUUCUUCCAAAGGUAAGACAUCGGGAGAGAGUUCAAACAUGAAUCUUCCCUAUGAGAUGAUCUUAACUUUUCUAUUUGAGGAUUUCUUGUGAAUUUAAGUGAAGAGGUUGACUUAAGAGUCAGAAGGCAGGAGUUCUACAUAGUUACAUCCUUGAAGAAGAUGGGAUUUGAGAUGCAUGAUGGUGUAUACGUCCGAGCAUACAAUCCUCAUGUAGUCCAUG